UGUGUACCUGCUCUUGGGCGAAUGUGUUUGAAACUCGAACGAUCUUUCGCGUAUUAGCUUGGUAUAUCGCAUUCGCGCAAAUGAUCGUGGCAGCUCUUAUAGUCUAUUUCCUUAUAAGUCAAGGCGAAGGCUUGAUUGCUAAUCUAGUUGCGUGUUUUAUUGGCUUUGUAUUGGUUGUGCUCUCGUCUUUUCUAAUCUACAUACUCGUUAAGAAAAGUCUAAAGCUACUGGGUAUAUACAACAUUAUUUACGCAGUAUUCGGAUUGUUUCUUGUUGCGUAUUUAACAGUCAAUGCCUAUCACUGGAUCAAUUGGCCCAACUGCAAACAUGAGGAGCCGCAGUGGUAUGCCCCUCUGCUCGUUACCAUAUACGCAGGUACUUAUUCAUUCGCCUUGGCUAUAUUGUGUUUGUAUCGAUCGUUUGAAAAGACAGAUGUUGAAUUGUAAAAACCUUAACAUUUCAUAAUAUCUGAAAUCUGUAAUCUGUAAUGUAAGCAAUGCAGACAAUUUGUUUUUUUUUUUUUGUAAGCCUGAACACUAGUUUAAAGAAAUAUAUGACCUAGAUUGUUGAUUAUCAUCGCUUUAUCAAGAAAUUCGCAUCUUCAGCGAUUCUGUUGCUGCUUCUCCUGCGAGCUGUAGAGUAAAACCCUCAAACCGAAA